AUGUUCCUCACCUUCUCUGGAACUGAGACGGUCCUGAGCCUCCUCUUCACAUUAAUUCCAGGAGUUUUGAUGAAGACAGCUAUUCAGCACCCCUUUGCGCAACUUGCAAGCUGGCAAAUCCUUGGUAGUUUGCUCACAGCCACUUGGCGUAUGGCUUGGGUCCAUCAAGUGAUCGCCGACAAAUCACACAGAAGCCGCUACCGGCGAAUGCUUGGUUACCAGUAUUGGCCCAAAAUAGCGCCUGCAGCUGCUUUACAAUCCAUUUCAACGUGUGCAGCUCUCGUAAUUUUUGCAACAGCCUUAAAAUUCGGUCAAGAUUUCUCCCUGACUAUUGGCCGCACUCAUAAAAAUGCGACAUAUGAACCGACCCUUGUUUUCUUGGCUAUUUUCAUCACCGCUAGUAUGUUGAUCCCCCUUCCUGCUACGGUAAUUUUUUCUCGCGUGGCUGCUUCAAUGUUACCUGCGGAAGAUGACCCAAUCGUACCUUUUGACCGCACCUUUGGCGGUAGGGUGAAACCUGAAUCGCUGGGUGGCAAUGGUAGAGUUGAGAUUAGUGAUGCCUUGAAGACUUUUGGUAAGUCUGCUUGGAUUCGCUAUGUCAAGUUAAACUUGAAAGUUUAUUGGAUUACUGUCGCUUCUUCUGCGGCAGUGGCUUUCCUUUUAAUCUUCUCGAGUGUGCUUGGUCUAGCUUUUGAGUCACUUCGCAUAUUUACUCAUUCCACUGGCAAAUUCACCGCUGGUCGGUUGGUUUAA